UAAAGUCCAUUGCUGGUUUGCCAACACACACACUCUCUCUCUCUCAGAAACACAGAAGCGUUUCGGUGCGACUGCGUGUGCUGUAAGCUAUGGAGGAGUACUCAGUAGACGACCCAACUCAGCUACUCGAAGCUGCUUCCGAUUUCGCAAACUUCGCCGGUUUUCAAAACGACGAUUCAGCUAAGGAAUUCCUCAAUCGCUUCCCACUUCCCGUCAUUCUCAAUGCUCUGCAAACGAAAACCGAUGUGCCGGGUCUGGAAAGCACACUGGUUGCUGUUUUGGAAAGGGUGUUCAAGACAAAAUAUGGCGCUUCUCUCAUCCCCCAGUUCAUGCCAUUUGUACAAGUUGGUCUGACGGCAGAGUCUCAGGAAGUCAAAUCUUUAGCUUGUACAACGGUUUCUUGCCUUCUCGAGAAUUUGAAUGAAGGUUCUGUUUCUGCAACACGGCUUAUACUUGACCACGAUAUAUAUCCUCUUUUGCUUGAUUGCCUCAUUCAUGGCAAUGAAAAAGUUGCAACUCUAGCAAUGGAUGCAAUAGAGAAGAUAGCUGGUUCUCCCAAGGGCAUGGAUAUUGUUUUCCCAGCUAAUACUAAAGAAGCUACGCAUCUUGGGGCUCUAGCAGCCCAAUGCUCGUCAGUGGGACGGGUCCGGGUUCUGGCUUUGAUAGUGAAGCUAUUCUCUGUGUCCGCCGAUGUAGCAUCAGUAGUUCAAAAGUCAAAUCUACUUGGACUUUUUGAGGCAGAAAUCAACAACACAACUGAUACCCUUUCAACCUUGAGCAUUUUGGAACUUUUGUAUGAGUUGUCAGAGAUCGAGCAUGGUAGAGAGUUUUUGUCUGCAAGCACCCUUCUGCAACUGCUUAGUUCUAUAAUCAGCAACAAAUCAAUGGAGUCGAUUUUAAGAACAAGGGCAAUGAUGAUUAGUGGAAGAAUUCUGUCCAAGGAGAAUUACAUACUUGCUGAUGAAUUAAGUGUAAAAACCGUAUUAUCGGCCAUAGACGGGAUACUUAGUUCAUCCGAUACUCAAGAAAUAGAUGAAUGUGAAUCUGCUCUUGAAGCACUGGGUCAAAUAGGGUCAUCCAUUCAAGGAGCGCAGUUUCUAUUGUCAAGUUCACCACCAGCUGCAAGACAUGUCAUCUAUGCUGCCUUUGAUAGGCACGGACGUGGUAAACAACUGGCUGCCUUACAUGCCCUUGGAAACAUCUCUGGAGAAACUCGGCCUGUGAACAGCAUGAUACUGACUAGUGAUGCAGAAGAAAGCCUUCGACGCUUGAUUUAUGAAACAGCAUCUAAGAGUUCAAAGUUGACACCAUCUGGUCUUUUCCUAUCAGUUCUCAAACAGGAUUCGGAAAUUCGUUUGGCGGGAUAUCGAAUGCUGUCUGGGUUGGUGGCUCGUCCAUGGUGCCUGAUGGAGAUUUGCUCAAAGCAAGAGAUAAUAAAUAUAGUAACUGAUCCAGUUACUGAAACCACUAAACUAGGUAUGGAAGCCAGAUACAAUUGCUGCAAGGCUAUCCACACCGCUUUUAACAUGUCAAGUAAACUUGCCAGCGACCAAUCUCUUUCUGGGAUUGCGGCAAAGUUGCACGAAGCUGUUAAAAUAGGUCCGUACCUUGCUAGGAAGCACCUUGAGGCUCAACCCGUGGUGGUGACGGAGGACAGAUUCUAGACUAACAUCAACCACCGUGUGCAGCUUAUGAGUAUACUCUUACCGUAUGUUGCCUACAAAAGUUUGUUCAUAUUAACAGUGGAAGUGUGUUUAGAUGUGAAUUCUCCUGAAUUUUAAGCUGUGAAUUUAAAGGAGAAUUACUGCCUGCUGUUUAGAACUUAAAUAUGUAAAGCUAGAGCGGAAUUUGGAAUUCCAUAUAGCAUCAAAGACAAUUCUCUCAAGUUUCUCAGGAUACAGAAUUUUCCUUUAAUUCCAGUUUAAAGGUAGAAAUAUUGGUUUCA